AUGGACGAGUUCGCGCAAACCCGUGGAGUAGACGACCUCUUCGAUGACGAUGUGGUACCCGUAGCAUCACAGCCUCAGCCAGUCGAUGAGCCAGUUCGUGAGCCUGAAGCUGAGUCUUAUCCCUCUGUACCGCCGAGAGAGGCACCAGCAGGCCCCCAGAGCCCUCCAGCGCAGGAACAGGCGCAGCAACAAGACGCGGCGCCGUCGCAUCCCCGCAAACGAAUUGGCAACAGUCGAGCAAGAGGAAGGGGGAACGGAUUCUCACGCAGACUGAAGCCCGAUAAUACUAUUACUACUACUACUACUACUACUGGAACAUCAGAUAAACCCGGAGAGCAACCUGCGGCGCACCCUGUCCUAGUCGAGCAGCAGGCCGCGGAUGCUGAGGCUUCUCCCCAGGUGAAGCAGCAUGAUGAAGAAUCGCCAGCUGAAGCUGAGAGAGAAAAUAAAGCCGGUGAUAGUAACGAAGAUGCCGUUGCUGACGGAGAGCAAUCCAAAGAGCCUGCUGCGCAAAAGGUUCCCGCCGUGCGAGGCGACCGCAGUAGAACGGGAGGAUUGAGAAAGCCAAAGCUGACUGAGGAAGAACUGUCAGAACGUAUGGCCGCUGCUAAACUUACCGCUGCUAAAAAGGCUGCCGCUCAUGCACGCGCUGAAGCAGACGAGGCGUCUUUCCAGGAGCGCGAGAAGAUAGCCCUCGCAAAGAGACUGGAGGAACAGCAGAACCGCCGAGUAAUGCUUAGUGAACGAGAAAAGAAUCGACAGAGAAAACUCAAUUCACAGACAGGCCGCGAGUGGGAUGCUGAGAAGUCGCUAGACUCCUUUUCUGAACACAGCCGGGGGAAUUUUGCAUAUCGCAGAGGCGCUCACGGCAGCAUAGCAAACGAUGGGCGAACUACAGCUCUGGCUCUAGCAGCAGGAGAUCGGGACAACCCAUCUAGCUUAGCGUCUAGAGAUCGGGGGCGAGGACGAGGCGGCCGCGGAGGGCGAGGUCAGGGGCGAAGAGGAGCUGGCAGAGGUCGGCAGGCGGGCGAGACAGAUACAGAAGUACCCAAUCCUGUAUCGCAGCCAAAAAUUCCGGCACAGGAUGAAUUCCCUGCGUUGCCCGGCACAGGGAAGCAAGUGGAUCAUGGUAAAGGAGACAAGUCCACCCCAACUGCAUGGAGUCGAGCUCCGGAUAGUGUACUAUCGCCUGUUGAGUCCUCGGGGACAUGGGCGGAUCAAGUGGAAAUCAAUGAAGAGCUCCAGAGGAGUACAGCAAGGUAA